AUGGCAGAUGAUGCCAGUGGGCCCGGGGACCCUGGAAUGGGAGGCCUCGGCGGCUUCCGCGGAGGCUUCCGUAGAGGCAUCCUGGGCCGGGGCUGGGGCUGGGGUCAGGGCAAGGGCCGGGGCCAGGGCCCGGGACCUUGCGGAGGCAAGGCCGAGGACAAAGAGUCGAUGCCCAACACCAAGCUGGGCCGCCUGGUCGAGGACGUGAAUAUCAAGUCCCUGGAGGAGAUCGAUCUCUUCUCCCUGCCCAUCAAGGAAUCUGAGAUCAUCGACUUUUUCCUGGGGGCGUCCCUCAAGGACGAGGUUUCGAAGAUGAUGCCUGUGCAAAACCAAACCCGCGCUGGCCAGCUGACCAGGUUCAAGGCAUUUGCUGCCAUUGGAGAUGACAAUGGGCACGUCAGUCUGGGUGUUAAGUGCUCCAAGGAGGUAGCCACUGCCAUCCGUGGGGCCGUGAUCCUGGCCAAGCUUUCCGUCUUCCCUGUGUGGUGAGGCUACUGGGGGAUCAAGAUUGGCAAGACCCCAUGCUGUCCCGUGCAAGGUGACCGGCACUGUGGCUCUGUCCUGGUGUGCCUCAUCCCUGCCCCCGGAGGCACUGGCAUUGCCUGAACCCCUGUGCCUGAGAAGCUACUGAUGUUGGCUGGUAUUGACGAUGUCUGCACCGCAGCCAGGGGGGCUGUACUGCCCGCCCCCCCCAGGGAAACUUCACCAAAGCCACUUUGAUACUGUUUCCAAGACCUACAGCUCUCUCACCCCUGAUCUUCAGAAAGAGACUGUUCACCAAGUCUCCCCAUCGGGAAAUCAUACCAGAGUGUCCAUGCAGAGGACCCAGGCUCCAGCUGUGGCCAUCCCACAGGUUUGC